CGGGGUGGGGUCUGUCUGUCUCCGCAGCCAUCAAACCAAAUCCCCGAAGGGUGUCGGACAAGGAAGGAGCCGUCUUCAAGACAAAACACAAGACCGACAGAACAAUGGGGAGUCUGUUUAGGAGCAUAAUGUAGGUCUUUCCUUUUUUUUAUAGAUAAUUAAUUGGACGAUAUAAUAUUUAUUAGUUUAAUGGAUCAAUCAUCAACGAUGAGGAGGUUGAUACUGGCCGCGUUCGUCCUCUCUUCCCUACCGACAGAGGUGCAGAGCGUCCAGGUGAAUGUUCCUCAGACAGAGAGGAGUACAGCUCUGUUUGCCUCCGUCAUCCUGAGGUGUGACUACUCCACCUCCGCUAACCAGCAGGAUGUCCAGGUCACCUGGCGAUACAAGUCCUUCUGCAAGGACCCCAUCCUGGAGUAUUACUCCCAAGCGUACCAGAAUGCUCUGCAGCUGGGUCAGGACCCGGCCAAUGACUGCCCAGACCGCCAGCGCACGGUGAGGAUCAUCGUCCAGAAGAGAGGCUCCAACGAGGCCAUACUGGGCCCAGAGUACCGGGAACGCAAGAUCUCCGUCCAGAACAAGGCUGACCUGGUGAUCAAUGAGAUCAUGUGGUGGGACAACGGAGUUUACUACUGUUCUGUGGAAGCCACAGGAGACACCAGCGGCGGCUUGGAUGGCGUGAUCAGCCUCAUGGUCUACAACUGGCUGACGGUGCUGUUCAUGGUGAUUGGAGCUCUGCUCCUCAUCCUGCUCUUCUGUAUCUGCUGCUGCCAGUGUUGUCCUCAGAGGUGCUGCUGCUACGUCCGCUGCCCCUGCUGCCCACAGACCUGCUGCUGUCCUGAGAAAGCGGUGAUGCAGCACAGGAUGAUGAAGGAUGCCCAGAGGGCCAUGGGUCCAUGGAUGGGAGGUCAGCCUAUGUACAGCCCCAUGAGCCACGGCUCCUCACAGAUGAACCCUCUGCUGUAUGCAGGCUCCCAAUCAGGAAAGAGCAUCGCCAUGGCCCCCAUGCCCCUCCCCCCUCCCCCAUCUGGCUACAGCAUGCCCCCCAGUGUCCACGCUGCCAGCAUCUACAACAACCAACAUCCCGGCAACAAGCAGAUGCUGGACUACCUGGAGAGCCAGGUGAGGGGCAUGGAUGGGACCAGCCCCAUGAUGCAGCCCCAGCCCUACCACCAGCAGGUUCAGAUGAUGCCCCCUCCCCCUCAGCACAUGAUGCCCCAGCACAUCCCCUUCUCAGCGGGUCCUCCCAGCAUGCUCUCUGGCCUGGACGACGGGGCCGUGGAGUACCGGGGGGUCAUCCAGAUGCCUCCCAUCGUAGAGCAGCCUGGACGAGGAGGUCGGAGAGGGGGCCAGCCACCGCUUGCUCCUAGAACAGGUCCACCCAGCUCCAGAGAAAGCAGCCGCAGCGAGAGUCGCUUCACCAAUCACCGUGACGACCGCAGCGAAGCCAGCGGGCGCCGUUACCCGUCGCCGUCAAGGAGCCGUGGCAUGUCAAGGAGCUACAGUGAAGACUUUCUGGACGGGGAGAGUCGGGGGGCGCGAGGUCGAAUGGGUUCCCAUGACGACCUCAGCGACAGGGUCCCUCGAUCCCGCUCCAGAGACGAUCUGUUCGAGGAGCAGCGUCGCGCCCCGCCUCCCAGCAACUACUCCCGCUCCCGCAGGGGGUCGUUCAGUUCAGAUGAGGAUGAAAACAGCAGGAGAGGAGAGGGCAGAGGUCACAGGAGAGGAGGAGAAAUGUGUUCGGACAUCCCGCCCAGCUAUUCUGAAUACGAGCCGGGACAGAAACCACCAAGGAGGAAUGAGCGUUACUCUGUUAAAACUCUGCUUUAGUUAGUACACUGAAAGCACACUCCUAAACACACACACACACAAACCACACAAACAACCCCUUCAAAAUUAUUUACCAUCUGACAAUGGCAUUUGAUCCAUGCCUUCAAUUACACAUAAUCAUAUAAUCACGCAGAUAUGAAAGAAUCACUCACUAAGACACACUGGUGCAUACUACUUGGUUUCGUCACUGCUUCCAUUCAUGGAGCCUUUAAUUAAUGUGUCCCACUACAGGACAAGAGUUCUGGCAGGGGCACUGUGGUCAUCUGAUCUGGGCUCUCACUGGCUACCUCUCCUCUCCUUCUGCUGAUUGGCAUUACAACAGCCCCCUCUGCUGGUUGAACGCUCUCAGUGCAGAUAAGCGCCCAAUCUUGACAAUCUGUUGUGCAAACAAAAGCUGUGUGUACAGUACAGUGGUCAGUCAGUCAGCCAGCCAGUGAGUCAGCCCUCAACAGUAGAUGAGCAAUUGAAAGGCUCAGCAUUGGGAAAUCAGAGACUGUAGAAAGAACUGAGGUUGGGCAAUUUUGCAGAGCUAAGCAAUUGUCUUUGGUCAUCAGCCAUGUUGUCCUCCUCCUUCACCUUCGCCCUCUGUUUUCCUCCAUCCGCCCUACAUCUCUCCAUCUUGUAUUAUCCUAACGGGGAAAGAAAGGACUAAACGAGAUAAAUGAAUGACAACAUAUGAAGGAUUUAGAAAGCACGAAUGAUAGCUGUCGGCAUGCAAUUCGACAUGUCGAUCUGAUUUUCCAGAUUCAUACUCUAGAACGUUUACAAUUUCUUAAACGUUUUUGAAGUUACUACACAUAUCUUAAGUUGACGUUUUGAAGGGUAUUUAGGUUUUAUAUUUUACAUUUUAUUUGUAUCAUUGCCAUAACAUUGUUAACAGAUGAGAAUAAUACAUAAUAUGCCUUAUUUAAUUGUUUGUCAAAAGUUAACCAGAAAACAAAAUGUUCCCUGUUUGUUUUUAGCCAUAGCCUAUGUAGGCUUGUACUCCAUGAUCACUCAGGUCCCUUUCUACAUGUUGUGCAUGUAAAUAGUUUGAAUUGUGCGCUCUGUCUGGACAUCUUGAAUAUUCAGUUAUGUAGGUAUCGAUAUGGCUCACGAUAUAUCAAAUGUCAGGAAAAUAAGCAAAGACGAUGUGCUGUUACUUGAAGUCAGUUUGCUUAGGGACUUAUCCAAUUAGAGGAAGCAAAACCACCACCAUACCCUCAGGGUGAACUAGGCUUUGAUGUGAAGAUCACAGCUGUAUGAUUUGAUGUCUCUGGAUAGAAAAUGGUGGAGGUGUAAGUUACUCCCUCUUAGGGACAAUGAAGGAAACGUUUUCAAUAAAGUUAAUUUAUAGAUA